CUCGCCUUGCGCUUCCCCCCUCCUCUCCUCUCUCCUCUUCUCCAGACCACCUCCUCCUCGGCUCCGAGCUCAACUCGACGCCGAUCAACCCACCGCCAUGGACGUCGAGUACGACGUCAUCGUCCUCGGCACGGGCCUCAAGGAGUGCAUCCUCAGCGGCCUCCUCUCCGUCGACCGCCUCAAGGUGCUACACAUGGACAGGAACGACUACUAUGGUGGAGACUCCACAUCGCUGAAUUUGAAUCAGCUUUGGAAAAGGUUCAAGGGAGAAGAGACGCCACCGGCGCACAUAGGGGCUAGCAGAGACUACAAUGUAGAUAUGAUUCCGAAGUUUAUGAUGGCAAAUGGUGCUUUGGUUCGUGUACUUAUUCACACUGGUGUUACCAAGUACUUAUCGUUCAAAGCUGUCGAUGGGAGCUAUGUCUUCAAUAAGGGAAAGAUCCAUAAGGUUCCCUCUACUGAUAUGGAAGCUCUCAAGUCUCCAUUGAUGGGACUGUUUGAGAAGCGCAGAGCAGGGAAGUUCUUCCUUUAUGUGCAAGAUUACAAGGAAAAUGACCCAAGUACCCACAAGGGAUAUGACCUUACAAAAAUGACCACUAAGGAACUUAUCUCAAAAUAUGGUUUGGAUGAUAAUACUAUAGACUUUAUUGGCCAUGCAGUGGCUCUUCAUAAAGAGGAUAACUACUUGACAGAACCAGCAAUUGACACUGUAAAGCGGAUGAAGCUUUAUGCAGAAUCAGUAGCUCGUUUUCAAGGAGGAUCACCAUAUAUUUAUCCCUUGUAUGGCUUAGGAGAGCUGCCACAGGGUUUUGCAAGGCUUAGUGCUGUCUAUGGAGGGACAUACAUGUUGAAUAAGCCAGGGUGCAAGGUAGAAUUUAAUGAUCAAGGAAAAGUUUGUGGUGUUACAUCAGAAGGGGAGACUGCAAAAUGUAAGAAGGUUGUCUGUGAUCCAUCAUACAUACCUGAUAAGGUUAGAAAAGUUGGAAAAGUCUUUCGGGCAAUUGCUAUCAUGAGCCAUCCAAUCCCAAAUACUGCAGAUUCUCACUCAGUCCAGAUCAUAAUACCACAAAAGCAACUUGGUCGCAAAUCAGACAUGUAUGUUUUCUGUUGUUCCUAUUCUCACAAUGUUGCAUCAAAAGGGAAGUUCAUCGCAUUUGUGUCAGCACAAGCAGAGAGCGAAAACCCUGAGGCAGAAUUGAAACCAGGAAUUGAUCUUCUUGGGCCAGUGGAUGAGUUAUUUAUUGAUACAUAUGACAGAUUUGAACCUGCUAAUGAUCCAUCUUCAGACAAUUGUUUCAUCUCAACAAGUUAUGAUGCCACAACACACUUUGAGUCCACUGUGAUGGAUGUUCUUUCCCUUUAUACAAAGAUCACAGGAAAGACGGUUGAUCUCAGUGUGGAUUUAAGUGCUGCGAGUGCUGCUGAAGACGAUAUCUAAUACUUGUUGAACUGUCCUUUGGUGCACAAAGGAAAUUAUUUGUGCAUUGUUUUGCUCUUUGCGUUAGGUUUAUAUAAGAUUUCUCUCUUUUAUUCCAAACUAUAGCGCCUGAGUUUUUCAUCUCUUUUCUUCCAAACUAUAGUGGUUGAGUUUUAUUGGUAAUUUGAUAAUGAUGUAUAUUCUAAGAUAAUAGCAAAUUAGCAAUAUUGUCAGAGCUGAUACGCCAAUAUGCCAUGUUUAGCCUGCCAGUAAACAACUGUUCCAGUUGUUCAGUUUAUUUAAUUUCAUUCUCAAAUGUUGUGGAUA